CUCAACUCGGGGUUUUCUUCUCCUUGGCUUGGCUUUGUUAUUUUUCAGUUGUUGCCCCAUACACCUGAAUACUUGUAAACAACCCCAUCCUUUGUGGUUUUUAAUUCUCAAUUAAAGCCUUUGGAAUGAUAGUUUAAUGUUGUUAGUUUAAUAUUGUUUCAUAACAUUGCAUAUUUUGAUUAUGUACAUUGGUCAGUGUUCUUGUGAGAGCUAUUCAGCAGUGGAACUCUGUCCUAGAGUGUGGUGGAUGCUCCUUCUUUGGAGGGUUAUAAGCAGAGGCUGGAUGGCCAUCUGUUGGGGGUGCUUUGUGUCAUGGAACCCAGUUACAGGGCUUUGGUAAUUCAGCCCUGUAACUGGGAGUCAUAACAUAAACAAUCCCAGGAGCACCUGGCAGAAGAAGAUAGAAUAUGCCUGGGAACUUGGGGCCGAAAGUAUAAACAAUUAUAAUUGGUCUAGUGUGUGAAAAUGGUAGUAAUGUGAUAUUGGGGGUGGGACUUGAUGAUGAUAUUUACGUGUGGUGUUACGUAGCAUAAAAAGUUAUAAAAUUAGUUGUAUGUAAACAUUGAGUCAUUCCUGACUUUUCCAAAGUCAUGUGUUCUUCAAUAAAGAUUGGAUUUGAGAGCAGCUAUCUCUGAUCUGCGUUCAGACUGAUCCUUUGAAGUGAGCAGGACAAUUAAGUCAGGAAACCAGUCCUCACCCUCCUGCAAAUUUGCAGUGAAGUGAUAAUGAGCAGGGAAGGAGAUCAAAGCCAUGACGGAGCAAAGGGGCCUCCGCUGGGAGCUCUGCCGUUGGCAGAAGAGACAUUGCAAGCCAUAGCUUCCUCUACGGGGUACCCCAAGCCGGACGGCGUGACCCAGAGGAUUCCCAGAGGGGGAAGAGGUGUUCCGGCGGCGGCAGAAACCAGUUGGGGAUCUGGAGGAAGCAUGCCGGAGACCGUGGCCCUGCGGUUAUCCAUCCUGGAAACUCAUUUAUCCAGGCUGUCGGAUACCGUGGGGAGAAUAGUGCCAAUAUUGGAAGAGAAUCUCCAAAAAGAGCACAUCCGAUAUGGCGCCGAGAGAGAGCCAAGCAAAGGAGGCGAUUGGAGCCAGAGGGGACAGCGAGCUUCAACGCAGAGUCCCGCGGCGGCAAGGGACGAGGGAGACGAGGAAUAUUGGCAGGAGCUGGAGUUCAGAGACAGAAUGGCACGCGAAGUGGAGCGCCAGCGAGCUCUGGGAACUCUGAGGCCGCCAUCUCCAACAGAGCUCCCAACCCCCCGGAUGGGCGUCGGGGUGGAAAGACCACUGGGGCCAGGGAUCGGGUCCAGUGGAUUAGCAGACGAAGGCGGAGAGGAGCAGGAGAUCCAGGAAGAGGAGGAGGAUGUGCCGUACGACGGGGAAAGGCGAGAUGCGGGGGCUACAGCGAGGCCAGUAUGCGGAUGGGGGGAAGGGCCGACAGCGGCGGCAGGAUUUCGGGAGCCGCGCAGAAUGACCACCGGAGUGGGGCGCGGCGUGAUCCAAGGAAACCCGAUGCAACCCUUCCCCAUGCCUCCCAGACAGCAUCAACGGGCCGCUGAAUGGAUGCCAAGAAGGGAAGAUCUCAAGCUAGAAUACGGAGGGGAAUCAGCCGAACUGAACUUUUUUCUAAUUAGCAUCAGGGGAUACAUGGAAGACAAUGCACACACAUUCCCCUCCGAAGCAAGCAGGGUUCGGGCCAUCGGCAACACACUAAAGAGAGGAGCGGCCAGCUGGUAUGUGCAACUACAUGCCAGACAGGACCCAUGCCUGAGGUCAGUGCCCCGCUUCCUCGCCGCACUGGAAAACCGGUUCAGAGACCGGCUAGAGCAAUUGAGAGCUCGAGACCAGCUUAGAGGAAUAAAGCAGAGGGACAAAACAGUGCCCGAGUACGCAGAAGAAUUCCUCCACCUCGCGGAAAGGGUACCAGAGUGGUCUGAAGUGACCAAAGUGGAAUUAUUUAAAGAGGGACUACGCCCCGAGAUUUUCAGCUGGGCAGCGCACAGAGAUGACCCCGAAACGCUCCAGGGAUGGAUUCAACUAGCGGGGCGCGUUGAAUCCACCCUGGCCCAAGUAAAGCGCUUCAGGAGCAGCGGCGGCCAGCAAAGACCGGUGGCGAGAGGUCGAGGAGAAACGAGGAAGCAGGAAAGACCCGGAGGGAGGCCGGGGAUUCCCUCCAGAGGAGACGACAACAAACCUAAACCGGGAUGCUUUGUAUGUGGGAAGACGGGCCAUCGAGCAGCAGAAUGCUGGGCACGGAAGGGGGAGCCGCCAAAACCCUCAAAGCCCAAGCCAGCAACCGGGAGGCGUGCGGAGGAGGAGGUGCAAGCCCCAGAAUCUCCAGAAAAAUUGGCUUGUGAUGAAAGAAGAACCGAAGAGGAGGACGAAGAAAAGGAGGGCACCAUGUCAUGGAACCCAGUUACAGGGCUUUGGUAAUUCAGCCCUGUAACUGGGAGUCAUAACAUAAACAAUCCCAGGAGCACCUGGCAGAAGAAGAUAGAAUAUGCCUGGGAACUUGGGGCCGAAAGUAUAAACAAUUAUAAUUGGUCUAGUGUGUGAAAAUGGUAGUAAUGUGAUAUUGGGGGUGGGACUUGAUGAUGAUAUUUACGUGUGGUGUUACGUAGCAUAAAAAGUUAUAAAAUUAGUUGUAUGUAAACAUUGAGUCAUUCCUGACUUUUCCAAAGUCAUGUGUUCUUCAAUAAAGAUUGGAUUUGAGAGCAGC